UCCAGCGACCUCCUCCACCACCCGUGUGACAGUCUACUCAAAUUGCGAAGUCUUGUCGGUGAUCACUGCAGCCAUGCUGAAGGUAGUGUUUGUGCUUGGAUGCCUCCUGAGCCUCACCCUGGCUAAACCUCGGGACAUGGAACACAGACGACUUGCCCGAUCCGACUCCAACUCUGGCUCCGACUCAGACUCCAAUGAGAGAGCUUCAGCCGGGCCUAACCUGAGCACGCAGCAGUGGAUCCAGAUCCUUCUCGCCCUCUUCCCAACCCCAGCACCUACUACUGCAGCUACGACUACAGCUGCCACCACCACGACAACAACCCCGACAACGACAACCACAACUGCUGCUCCUGUAACAAAAUAAAAUCUGAAAUUCAAGCAGUGAAUGAAAUCCAACAUAUCGUGGGAUUCUGAUUUUGGACAUCAGUGCUAUUUUGUGACCUGCUUUACUGAGAACUUCAACUGUUUUAAACAAAUGCUUCCACACCCAACAUCCAAGUUCAAGUAAAACCAUGGAUCAAAAUCACUGUUUUCUUUGUUUCAUCUGCUGAAUAAACUUCAUAAAUGGAAAA